AUGUACGAACUGUUCACAGACUAUUUAAGCGACGAGAUGUCGGCGACCACGCCGGAAUUAACAGUCAGACGGCCGGUCUAUCAGCAGGACGAGCUAAAUCACCUGUGCAACUACGUGAAACCCAAGGAGGCACUUUUACAGAAGAUUUCAUCGAAAUGCAAGAAAAUCAAGCCUCUGUCGAUUCUGAAAAAUUCUAUACCGCUGAUCGGCUGGUUAUCGAAAUACGAUUGGAAACACGACACACUGGGCGACAUCAUCGCUGGAAUUACUGUCGCGGUGAUGCAUAUUCCCCAAGGAAUGGCGUACGCGAUAUUGGGCAACGUGCCGCCGAUAGUCGGCAUUUACAUGGCUUUCUUCCCCGUUCUCGUUUACCUCUUCCUCGGAACGUCCAGGCACAAUUCAAUGGGCACAUUCGCGCUCAUCUGUAUGAUGACCGGAAAAGUGGUCACGACUUACAGCCCCCGAGGACAUUUAUCUAGCAACGUUACCCAAGAAACCGAACCAAUGUCCUCCGGUGGCGAUCAAUAUUCACCGUUGGAAGUCGCGACCGCGGUCACGUUCACCGUCGCCAUGAUCCAGUUGGCGAUGUACGUGUUGCGGUUGGGGAUCAUCGUCACCCUUCUCUCGGACAGUCUCGUUAGUGGGUUCACCACCGCAGCGGCCAUGCAGGUGUUCACGUCGCAGGUGAAGGAUCUAUUAGGACUGAUCAAUCUGCCCACACGAAAAGGUCCUUUCAAACUGAUUCUGACUUACGUGGACGUCCUCAACAGCAUCUACGACGUUAAUAUGGUCGCCGUCAUACUCUCUGGCGUCACCAUCGUGAUUCUUGUCAUCAAUAACAUUCUGAAGCCAAAAUUUGCAAAAAUAAGUCCCCUCCCGAUCCCCAUCGAAAUGAUAGCAGUCCUGAUCGGCACGGUUCUCUCGGUCUACGCGAAUCUCGAAGGCGCUUAUGGGGUUGUCACUGUUGGUCACAUACCAGUCGGCCUGCCAGUCCCGAAUCUGCCGCCGUUAUCUUUGGUACCAAACAUUCUGGUCGAUAGUUUCGUCAUCACCAUGGUGUCCUACACAAUAUCCAUGUCUAUGGCGUUGAUAUUCGCGCAGAAGUUGAGCUACGAGGUGGACUCCAACCAGGAAUUAAUGGCGCAGGGCGUCGGUAAUUUAGUUGGAUCCUUCUUCUCUUGCAUGCCCUUCACAGCUUCGCUGUCCAGAUCCCUGAUCCAGCAGACAGUCGGCGGACACACACAGCUGGCUAGCUUGGUAUCCUGCGGAAUUUUGAUCAGCGUGCUUUUGUGGAUCGGUCCGUUCUUCGAGCCUCUGCCACGGUGCGUUCUAGCCAGCAUAAUCGUGGUGGCGCUAAAAGGAAUGCUGCAGAAAGUGACAGAGUUCAGGAGGUUCUGGAGACUGGAGAAAUCAGACGGGGUCAUCUGGGGAGUGACGUUUAUGACUGUGAUUCUGCUGGACGUAGAAUACGGACUGUUGAUCGGGAUCAUCCUUUGCAUUGGAAAACUGAUUCUGUUCGCCGUGCGUCCUUACACCUGCACGCUCGCUCUAGUACCUGGUACUGAGCUUUAUCUGGAUACCAAGAGAUAUAAAGGCGCCGUCGAGCUACCGGGAAUAAAAAUAUUUCACUACUCCGGUAGUCUGAACUUCGCCUGUCGGCAACAAUUACGCGACGAGGUGCACAAAGUUGCUGGGCUGAUGCCACGGAAGGAGCCGGACGUGGGCUUCAAGCACGACGAGCUGAAGGAAAUUAAAAAGCUGCGCACCCUGAUACUGGAUUUCACCGCGGUGAGUCACAUAGAUCUGGCCGGCGCAACGACCGUUGGAAAUUUGAUCGACGAGUACUCCGAGGCCGAUAUAUCCGUGUACGUCGCCGGCUGUUCCGGGCCUGUUUACGAGAUGAUGAGAAAGUGCAACCUGACGGAAUGCAAAGGCGGCCUGUUCGCGGUGUUCCCCACCAUCGGGGACGCGGUGAAUUUUGCAAGAUCCACAAACGAGCUGUCCUCGACGUCCGCGUGGUGCUCGUCGAACCACGAGGACACUACAAAUACGGCGCGACUGUGAUGAUCCAGGAACACGAAUAAACGGGAACGUUCGUUCAUGGCUUCCGAUCAGAAGCCAUU